CUCUUGCCCUCUCCACAAGUCAGAUCAUCUCGGUCUGCGGGGAAGUCACAGAGUUGUAGAAGAUGUCCGCGGCGAGUGCAAGCGGCUGCGGACCCGGACCAGGAUCGAGUAUGGGUCCUGGGUCCGGGGUGUCUAACCCACGAAAGUUUAGCGAGAAAAUAGCCCUGCACACACAGCGUCAGGCCGAAGAGACUGCUGCGUUUCAGGAGGUCAUGAUGGACAUUACUUCAACUCGGAUUCAGGCUCAGAAGGUGCGCCUUGCCAGAUCUCAGGGUCCAUAUUACGGGGGCUCCCUGCCAAACGUCAACCAGAUCGGAAGAAAUGUGCUCGAUUUCCAGAGCCCGUUCCAUUCCAACCUGGACUCCAGCCGCUCCACUCGGCACCACGGCCUGGUGGAGAGGGUCCAGAGAGACAGACGCUUCAUCUCCCCGAGCCGGCCCUACAGGAGACAAGUGGAUAAUUCUCAAUGCAGCGCCUCCUACCUGUCUCCCCCGCCCGACCCCAGCUGGCGAAGGAACUGGUCCAGCAAUUUCCCCAUGGACAAAAGCCAGUUGUUCCGCCUCCCCACCUCUGCACUGAACAGAACCAACUCGGACUCUGCUCUCCACACCAGUGUCAUGAACCCUCCAGCGGGGGACCCCUUCGGCUCCGGCCACACGCUCACCCCUCAGGGAAGACGCACCGUGUUUCCGUACCCUGUCCCCCCGAUUGAGGAGAAUGUGCUUGAUGAAGGAAAAUUGCUGAAGCCCUGGGACACUAAGAAGUUACAGAUGCAAUCAUCGCGACCCAAGUCCUGUGAAGUUCCUGGCAUCACCAUCUUCCCCUCCCCAGACCAGCAGUCCAGCGCCCCUCACAUCCCCUCUGCGCUGAACACAGGGGGUUCCCUGCCAGACCUGUCCAGCCUGCACUUUCCCCCGCCGCUGCCCACCCCACUGGACCCGGACGAGCCCGGCUACCCGUCUCUCAGUGGGGGCAACAGCACUGGCAACCUGGCCAGCACCCUCACCCACCUUGGCAUCAACACCAGCAACGCCUUCAACUCCCAAGGUCUCCUGGUAUCUCUUCCAGGCACGCUGAGCAACCCCUCCCUCCAGUCCUCGCUUAGCAACCCAAACAUCCAGUCGUCGCUCAGCAGCCAUUCUUUCCCCAACUCCCUCAGCUCCGCCUCCCUGCACUCGUCGCUUAGCAACCCCUCGCUGCAGUCCUCGCUCAGCUCCUCCCCCUCCCUGCCGUCCUCGCUCAGCAGCCAAUCGCUGCGCUCCUCCCUGAGCAGCUCCUCGCUCAGCGGCCAGGCGUCCUACGGCUCUGGCCCCGGCUCCAGCUCGUGCCUAACCUCCUACGCGCCACUCCUGCCCGGCCAAGGCCAGCAGACCCAGCUAAGCUCGUCUCCCCGCCGGCGGGCGCAACUCUCGCCCCUCAUCCUGCCCAUGGGCGCGGACGCUCGGCGGCACCACGCCAAGCAGUUCUCCCCCACCAUGUCGCCCACUCUCUCCUCCAUCACGCAGGGUGUUCCUCUGGACACCAGCCACCUUCCUAUGGACCAGAGGCUGCCACCAUACUCCUACAAUCUACCCCAGCAGCCCCAAACAGGCUCCCCCGUCUCCCAUCACUCCCCUCAGACAGGCCUGGGUUCCCCUCAGACUGGCCAGCCCCUGCCCCCACAGCAAGCCUCCAUGCACCAGUCUGCACAGCAGCAGCAAUGCCAUCAGCAACAACAUCAACAACAACAACAACAUCAACAACAUCAACAACAACAACAGCAACAGCAGCAGCAGCAGCAGCAGCAACAGCAGCAGCAACAGCAGCAACAAGAGCAGCAUCAGAGGACACAAGCCAUGCAGCUACAGAUGCACAACCUGCAAAACCUGCGCAAGACGCAGAGCAUACAGAUGCCGCAGCAGCAGCAGCAGCAGCAGCAGCAGCAGCAGCAGCACCUCCACCGACCCGGUCUGGUGCCAGGCCCAGCCACCAAUGCCCAGGGCCAAGGUGGCAUGGACAUGUCGGGCCAGAACAUGCAGUGCAAGCAAGAGCCGGAGGCCCAGACGGCCUGCUCUGAGCAGCAGCAGAACUCCUCACACAUGGAUACACAGCAGGACCAGGGUCUCCCACAGCUUCAGCAAAUCAGCCAGUCUCUCGCCACUGAUCUUGGCCUCUAUAAUGAUGCUUUGCUGUCCCUGCUGGAUGAACCAUACCUGGGCCUGCAGCUCAGUGGCAGACAGAAUCAGAACCUUGCUCAGCAGUUUAAUAUGGACACUCAGGUAGAGGACCUGUCCUUCAACCACAGCCUGGGCACAGGCUCCUCUUCUGAGAAAGAACAGGAUGGCUCAUACCAGGCAGUUCUGGAUCUUCUGGACUCUGCAGACCAGCAGCUCGGCGACCCCAACCAGAACCAGAACUAUGGUGGGGGUGGACGGCACAAUGUCCCCAACAUUAUUCUCACGGGAGAUUCUCCACCUGGUCUGUCGAAGGAGAUCACCAGCGCUCUGUCUGGCGUCCCGGGUUUUGAAGUGGACUCUUUCUCCUGUGAGGACGCGCUCCGGAUGGACCCGCUGGCGCUGGAGGGGCUGGGCAUGCUGACUGACGGAGACCUCCUGCUGGCCGACCCGGCCGUGGAGGACUCCUUCCGCUCCGACCGCUUGAAGUGAGGGGAGGUGGGGGGAGCGGGGAAGGGCAGACGCCUGGUUGGGCCCAGCGCAGACGGAGCAGCCCACGGGAACGGGAGAAAUCAGACAACCAAGAUGGAGGAGAAACGGUCAGUAGCCCCUCCAGAACUCUACAGGGGGUUAGAGGUGAAGGCUCCUGUUCCUGUGAUGGGAAUCCUCCUCCCACUCUUGAGAUGGAGGAGGAAGGAAAAAAAAAAACUUCUAAAGGGUCAAGAAUGGGACCAAUACUUUUCAAUGUCAAAAUAAGUAUGGUCCAGCUCUUUUUUUUUCUGUUUUAUUUUGCUAUAUGCAGGCACUUUUGUGGUCUCGCUCUUGUGAUGACAAUGCAAACCUAGGCAUUAGCUUGUUAUGGGUCUUACCUGCAUGUCUUAAAUGCACUUCAGAUAACGCAACAAAAAAGGCAUCAAUGCAUGUGAUAUAUCACUGUUAUGUCAAAACUUAAAGUAGUCAGCUUAACUUGAAGACUUGUAGGUGAGAGUCCAGUAUAACCUGGAUAGGGACAAGCUUGAAGUGUCACAAUGUUUCCUUUUCAGAAGCCACAAAACAUGGCCAAGGAUCAUCAUACCACUGAACGUUUUGUUUCUGAUCAAAAGCAAGGGGCCACUCGAUAGUUGAGUAAAGGUCUCGCAGUAACUUGUGCAUCUUUGAAGGAUAGAUCCUCGCAAAGGGUCCUGGCUCUGUGAAGAGUCCGAUGUUUAAAGGGAUCUUAAGAGCCCCAUUUCAAUGCCACUGUUUCUGCCAUCAUAUGCAUCCUGUUUAAGGGGAGUAUGCAGCCAAGCACAGGCGCUGGCAUGUCGCAGAUUCAGACUGUUACUAGCCCCGUCUGAACAUGAUCACUGUGUGCAAGACCAAGAUGUCACUAGUGAUAUAUAAAAUAGAGAUUUGUAUCUAACUGUACGUAAACGAUAUUAUUUUAACCGAUAAUGAUGCAUUUGUUUUAAAUGGCAAAAAAAAAAAAAACACAAUUUGAGUUUAAAAAUGCUGUUAAUAUAUGUCACAUCAGUAGCAAGUGUUUGCCUAAUUUAAAGUAACGAAGAGAUAUUAAAAAACGCACACAUUAUUUUGGCAGCAGUUUCUUGAGGCUUCUGAGUAUGUUGGAUCUAAAGGACUUGCUCUCUCCUCUCUUUACUGCCUGCUGUUCCAUUAGCUAUCAUGAGCAUCUUAUUAACACCAUACUCUACAGAAACUUACCUGAGGAUCUCUUCAAGCAGGUACUAAGGUGUGCAAUCUCUGAAAAAAAACUGCACCUGUCUUUGUACCAGUCUUAAAGAAAAUAAGAAAAUACAUCACAGAUCACUGUUGCGAUUAUAUUUAUGUACUAAAUUAUUGUGAUGCAAACGACCAAACAAUUAUUGACAUGUAUUGUAGUUACUUUCCCAGUGUUUUUUUUUUGUAUUACUAUUAUUAUUUUUUUCUUGCAUAGUUCAACUUGUUUGAACAUGUAAGUGCUUGGAGCCAGGUAACUUUGUCACUGUGAUUGACACCCUCCCCCCUUUAAUCCCAGUACCCCUGCCUGCUUUUGCACAUGGGUAUUUCUGAACGAGGCCAUAGUCAGAGUAUGACAUAUUUUUGUGUGACAAAAUAGUAUGUUAGUACGAACUUUGAAGAAAUGUAUUUUUGGACAAAAAAAAAAAAAAGUCAGUCUUGAUGUACAUGUAUGUAAAUGUUAUACAUAAAUCUAUAUGAAUAUAAAUGUAUAAUUUAUGGAAGAGAAGCCUAUAGAGUUGUAUUGGAGGGCACCAAAGCAACACGCUCUUUGAAAGACCACCGGUUUGAGUAAUGGGUAGACUCUGCUUUGUCAAUUUUGCCAUUGGUGUAAAUGUGUGCGUGUCGUCUGUAAUGUUUUUAUUUCACAAUGCCAUCUUUGAAAUUUGAAUUUAUGUUGUACUCUUUUAGUGCUUGUGCAUUAUUUUUUUCUCUGGCUUGUUUAUUUUCUUUGCAUCUUUCAGUGGUUCUCAGUGUUUGAGUUGAUUUAAGUUUCUUAGUUUAAAAUACUUUUAAAUGAAACUAAAUGCUUGUGUCUUACAGAAGUAUCAGGAAGUUUGCGGCCCAGGGAAUCAUUCUGUUCCUUACAUUAUGACAUGGACUGUGAAAAUGCCUCAUCUCAACUGCCUGUGGUUUAUCAGGCAGUGAAACACUCUUUAUUUUCCUCCACAACAUCCAUUGUAAUAUUUAUUUUCAACAAACCCACAAUUGAAUGGUUUCCCCAUGAAGAAUGUAUCCAAUUUGGUUAUUUGUGUAAGGUGAAAGCUGACCGCAGGUUCAGUAGAUUAUCAGUCAGAAAAUGUAUUAGAGUUCAAUGAAGAGAAUUAUUCUGAAACACAUUUUUUUGCUCAUUGACCAAGACUGUAGAGGAGGUUGAAUGAAUCCAGCCGACAACAGAACCUGAAAGUGCAGGUUAAUUAAAUUAAGCCUUUAGAUGUUUUCUAGAAUAUCCGGUUGAAAUGAAGAUACUUGUAAUGACUAAAUGCAGUCUGCAGCACUUGUAACUACAAAGGGUCAAAUUUUGCCAGAGGGCAUCUUGGCCAACGUGUUUUAAGUUGUACCAAGUGGGUUCACAGGUUCAAGAGAGCCAAACAGUUUUCAGUUUCACAUUGAUAAAUCUUUUUUUCUUUCACCAUGCCUGGCUGUUCGCAAGUGUGGGGAAUAGAGGUUAAGGGGUUGCUUAAGGGAUCCAAGAAGUACUUGUUGACCUGGAGUCCAGUGCUGGCCACUGGCCUCAAGAUCCACUCAUGUCAUGGGAGUAAUUCUGCAGUGGAGACGGAGAUGUAGGGGUACAUGUCAUACUGAACCUUUACAGUUAUUUCAGUAAUAGCAUAAAUGUUGUGCCACGCUUUGCUUUGGGAUGUGAUUUGUGAAGUGAGGGGAAUGUUUUGUGUGUUCUUUUGGUUGGAUCUUAAAAUGAUAGGAAAGAAAGUCUCCAUGAAUUUGAGUUGUUUUAAGCUGUGUAAACAUCCAAGUGAGUAAUGGACAGAACACUCAGAAUAAGGGGGCAUUAUAAGUGUAAAGACUGCUUAAGGGUUUGUGCUGUCAUGUCAUGUGAUUUUUGUAAAAGAGGUCAGGUUGUGUUGAUAUGUGAUUGCCACCAUAAUGAGCUAACGGUUUGGCCCACGUCAGUUGUAUGCAGGUCCGUAGAUGUAUUUGUUUUAUAAUCAUCCUUUUGAUUACUCUGAACCUCAACAGUACGAUAACUGCAGUUUUAAUAUUUGCCAGUAGGGGUAGCUGUUGAACAGCGACAAUGUGACGAAGUCUUAGGGAUGUGCAAAUUGGCCAUAAUUUACUGAUUUUUUUUUUAUCAUGUUUUGCCGUUGUAUCAAAUUAAUUAUACUUGUUGCAGUAAUGCUAGUUUGCUUUUUGUUAAGUGUAAACAAUUGCUUUUGUCCUUUUUGUCUUUUUUUGAAGUCAUACGUUGACAGCUGUUGCUGUUCGUUUUCAACUAUUUUAACAACCAGGGAAACCAUGUCUGUUGUACAUAAUAUUCUUAAACCAUAGGUGCUUCUUAAACCUAACAAAAGUUUUUUUAAGACUGUAUCUCCGAUAUUUUACAAAAAAUAAACAAGCAAAAUACA